AAUAAAUAAUUGUAAAAUAAUAAGUAUUAUAAAAAUCUAAAUAACAAAUAAAAUAAAAUAAUCGGCGUGGUUAGUGACAAGAGUCAGUGAGCGGAGUCUUGUAGUACCGAUAAAAGUGACAUCUCACGACAAAGUUAAUAAUUUAAAACGCAUGACGUAAUUGUAUUGAUCGCAGGAGAAGAGAGAACAGAAGAGAGAAGAGAGCCAGCCACAGCCGAAAGUCGUAAAGUUUGCUGGUGGAGUCCGUGUCCGAGUCGCGCAUUCGCCAUCUUGGACGAAUUGUGAGUAGAGAAGAAGAACAAGUACCCAACUAACACCGUGUAGAAAUCUAUUAUAAUAAUCAUAUAUCCCCCAAGAGGAAAGAGUUUGUGUGUUAGUCGCCCACAAAACGCUUUUUAAACAAUUAUCAAAACUUUAAUCCGUGGCGAUCGGUUGUUAAAUUUAUUAUUAUUGGGAUUUAAAUCCGUUUGUGAACUGAUACCCAUUUGGACGGACCAAGACAAAGGGUUCGUUCGUUGGGUCUGAGUGGUACUAAAUGGUUGCCUGCAGACAGCAUGUCUACUCUGUCGGGGAUCGUGUCGAAGGGGGAGAAAGGAAAAUCAAAGUUUCAAUCACUAGAUAUCAAUAGUUUAUACCGGGUGAGCAGGGGAGAAUCAUUGGAACAACACCAACAAAAAAGCACAUUACCACGCAAACAUGGAAUGCAGAGUUUGGGAAAGGUGCCUUCGGCACGGCGUCCACCGGCUAAUUUGCCUAGUUUAAAAAGUGAAUACAGCAGCAGUGAUCCAGCUGUAAGUCUAGUACCUAGUGGCGGAAGCGGUUGGGCAACUACUAAGGAACAAUCACCUAAUACUAAUACUACUACAACUACCAACGCAACAGCUGCUCCGUUAUCUGACACUACCACUAACUCAUCGUCACAAUGUGUGCCUGCGACAACUUCAGUCCAAUCACCAACAGUGGGAACAGCAGCACCACCGUCAUCACAGCAACAGCAGCCGCAAUCACUGCCAAGUCAACAGCAGCAGCAGCAACAAAAUACCCAGAGCCAGUCUCAACAUUCCUCCGAGCUAACAGCCAACAAAUCAUCAUGGAGUGCAAUUAUGAGCAGACCCGGGGAUGCCGGUACACCCGCCGUGUCAGCUGCGGUUGGUUACGCGGGACUCGUGGGGGGCGGGAGACCGGGAAGAGGUGCCCUAGGACUGAGUUUCCUCGCCCAUCAGUCCCCGCAGUUCCAACACGAGUUCCCCAGUCUCAGCGGACAGCCCUCCGUCUCAGUACCGACCAACAACACCAACCAACAGACUACUACUCAACAGUCGACCUCCUCGACAGCUUCAAAUGUCAUCUCGGUCAAUGCCCAGCAUCAAUCGUUGCUACCGCAACAGCAGUAUCCCCACAACCACUCAGGUGCACCAGGACAGCAACAGUCACAACAAAACCGGGAAUUGAAUGCACAGUAUGGACCUGGACCGAGCCUGCGACCACAAACAGAAGGGAGUUGGAUACAAGGUGGAAGUCGCACACCAGGAGCAGGAGUUGGUACAGGUGGUGGGAGUACUCAGGUGGGCCAGGGCCCCCCAGUAGGCUUAUCCGGUACGCCAGGACACUCAGAAGGAUUAGGUGGCGGACGUCCGAGCUUGGGACAAUCGCCUGUCAUGGGUUCGGUCCCGGCAGGCCAACCGAAUCAAGGCGUCGCAGUGUCCUCGAGUGUAAACCCAACAGCAGCAGCUCCUGGUCCAAAUAUACAUCACUAUCGUGGACUUAUUCCCCCAUUUAUGUACAAUCGAGGAAACUUUCCAGCCAGUGGUGGUUUUCCUCCACAAAUACCGUCGAAUAUGAGCGGUGGCGGCGGAGGAGGCGGUGGCCCCCGUCCACGGUUCAAUCCAAAUGACCGUUUUCCUUCAUCACGUGCCCCGCAGGAGCGUGAGCGUCCCCCGGUCGAAGAGGAGGUUAUUACACGUCCUAUUAUUAAGGAGGAAGAUUUGACUCGUAUGGAUGACAUUUCACACGACCCGGGUUGGGCUGCGCACGAUGAUAUUGAUUAUAAUCAGAAGCUGGCGUUCAGUGACGACGAAAACGAGCCUGAUGCUAAUAAUUCACACGGUACUUCGAGUUAUAAUACUACAAAUGCUAAUUCUGUUGUCAAGAAAGAUGAAAAGGUGGAACAGCCACCGCUCAAGGAUGAUAAAGUGUCCCCAGACACGUCGCUCGAUGAUAAAGAAAGACUUAGAGACAAUGAGUCGCCUCGAGACCCCAAUGACACUCGUGGUGACUUAUCUUCAGCGCACGGCAAUCGCCCGUGGUACCAAGACAGAAUGGGUCCCAGCUCAGGUGGAUCUGGUGGUUCUGCGGGGCCGCAGCGCGAUUAUCGUGCCACCAAUGGACCCCCGAUAAGAGACAAUUACAACCAAUCAUCCCAACCGCCAAUGAGGCCCGCUCAUUCCCUUCGCGGAGUCGAGGAGGAAGAAAUAUGGAAUCAGCGUCGACGUGAGCACGGUGAAAUAGUCGCUUCGGCGGUCGUUCGUGCUCGUCAGCGCAAAGAAGAGGAAGAAAAACGCUUUCAGGAGUCAAAACAGGCAGCAGCUAAAAAAUUACAGGAUUUAGAACAAAAAAUGAAGAAAAAAAUGGCGAAAAAAGAAGACGAUGUGAUUUCUAUUCCCGAAACUAAAGGAUUGAUUAAUAUUCCGCCAGUGCCUAUUCCAGUGCCUGAGUGGGAGCGCGAGCGCGAGAACCGCGAGCGUGAAAGCCGCGACCGCGAACGUUCGCGCACUUCUUCCGAGGGUAAAGAUGAAAUUAAACCGGCGCGAGAGUCACGUGAUCGCGAUUUGAUACGUGACAACAGAGAAAGAGACAGUAGAGAUUUAAGAGAGCCAGCUGGUGAUUUCCAGCCAAACCGUUCCAAUUUUAUGAGACCACAGCAAGAUCUUACACGCGCUGAAAGAGAACGCGAUCGCGAUCAGCGUGAAAACCGCGACCGCGACCAGCCGGCAUUCUCAAGACAGUUUCAGAGUAAUUUGCCGCCACGUUUCCAGAAGCAGCAAGCCGAGAGAAGUGGCGGGGGAUACAACCGCGUCUCACCGAGCGCUGAGAGAACAACUUCUCAGCCGAAUGUCCCCUUUUCGCAGCAAUACGACCCCGCGAGGUGGUCUUCUCACAGCUCUUCGAGCUCCGCCGGCGUUAAGCAGACCCACUCGAUGCCUCUGCCACAGCGCCGUCGUACUGAUUCAGAUAUUACCAAUCCUCUUGAUGAUGAUCCACGUCCGCCGUCUCGCGAUCACGGAAACCGAUCAAGGGACGACAGAUUCCGGCCGGUUAUUCACCAUAUUUUUGAUUCCCGAGAUUCCCGCAAGUCUGGCUACCACGAUGACUACAACAGAGGCUACAAGGAGGACUAUGCGCGAGACCACGAUGACUGUCACCUGGGUCGCGAGUCCUGGGAGAGAGACCGUGACCGUAUUUACGACGAAAAGGACAGAGAUUCGCACUCACGCAGCUCCAGAGACUCAAGAGAGUUCAAAGAUACUCGAGACUCAAGAGAGUUCAAAGAUACUCGAGACUUCCGCGAUAGAGACACCAGAGACAACCGCGAGCCUCGGGACAGUCAUGGAGACUCCCGGAUUUCAAGAGACAGUCGCGAAAGCAGAGAUAAGGAUUACGAUUCUAAUUGCUAUAUUAAACAGUCGAGUCAGCAAGACGCUAUGGAUGAUCGUGAGUUGCAGCGUGAGCGCUCCGAAAGCGGUGACUGGGCUGCAGACAAUCGUCGUGAUGAACGAGGCCUCUCUGCUGACGAUAAUCGUCGCGAGCCUUUAAAUAUUUCCCGUGAAGAUCGUAUUGACAGGAAUGAACGACCUCAGCGCCCGGAUUCUCGCGAUUCACGCGCCUCACGUGAAUCUAAAACUUCUCUUCGGGAAGAUGAUUUUCACAAGUCACGUGACUCAUCUUCUUGGGUCCACGAUUUGAACGAGUACGAGGACAAAAAGCGCGAGCUCUACCGCGAUGAUCACCACCGAGAGCGUGAACGAGACAGAAGACAGCCACCUGGACCUAUCACACGUGAAAAACUUCAAGCUGACGAGUUGAAAAGUGAAAAACGAAAUCUCACUCAAUUAAAGCGCGGUGGAAGCUCCAAUGCUGGCAAUGUUGGAGGUAAUGUCGCGGUUGAUGCUGAAAAGAAGGAGAACAGUAAUAAAGAUAGUACAUCGGACGUGAAAAAAGAGCCAGAGGUUUGGAACAGAAAAUUAGAGCGUACUCCCGAGACGACGCGUUCCACUGCCGUUGAUAGAACUGAUAAUUCCCCCAAGGCUUGGGCCGACGCCGUGUCCCCGACUUUUGAGAAGAAUGAAGAGAAAUUAACGUCCCAGGAGCAAACUGCUAAGGAUGUGAAGGACAUAAUAAGAGAAUUGAAAGCCAGCAUGGAGAAGUUGAGCGUUGAAAAACGCGAAGAGUCACAUGGUGAAGAAAUUAAGGACGAUUCUAAAGACGAGAAGCGUGACAAGAAUGUAAGAAAUCGUACCAACAGCGGUAGCUUCCGAGGACGUGAACCCUCUUCACGCGGUGGGCGUACUUGGGGCGGUGCUUACAAUGUUUAUACACGUGGAUGGCGCGGAUCAGAGACACGUGGUCGCCGUGGAGGUGGCUCUCGAUCGAUGGGCCGUCCUGGUUCUGCGAAAAGUGGAUCGUACGGUCACACGGACUCUGAAAUAAGCGGGGAUGAAAUUUCUGGAUCCACUGAGUCGGGAAAGGACGAGCGAAGGUCAGCUGUUUCGCCUAAACCUGUGGCCCAGAAGAAUGAUAAAGAUGAGCGUAAUCGGGAGGUGUCAAGACGGGACGAGAAACGGAGCAAUGAGUAUCCACCUAGUCGCGGUGACAAGCGAGGAGGGUUUGAUGGUAGACCGAGUCGAGAAGGUUUUGCGCCCUCAGGUGAGCCCUCGAGACGUGGCCGCGGUGGGUUUCGAUCCCGAGGGGCCACUUCGGGAGGCAGGAUGGAGGGCUACGGGCCACCACCCAGCAAAAGUCCGUUUUCUACUGAAAGAGUAAAUGUUGACGAUAAAAAUGUCUUGCAGAGUUCUCCCUCAACGGCGAUUGAAGUUGAGGGCAAUCAGCCGUCAGCUGUUGAUCAGUCUGUCGAUGAUAAGAUGAUCGCUAAACAGCAAGCGUUGACUGCGGGAAUCACUGGCAGGCGCAACAAGUCGCCUAAUGUUCCGGGGAAUCAGGGACAAAAGCAUGAACCGGUUCACGGAAAUGUGGGUCAUCCCGCUGGCUUGCAGAAGAACCAGUCGAAGAAGGAAGAUGCGAGAGCCAAGAGACCUCGCAGUGGCAGUCGUCGUGGUCGUGACAAUCGUGAGCGACGUGGAAAUCCACUAAAGUCGAAUUCUGCUGACGUGGGAAACGAGGAGUGGGAAACUACCUCGGAGAAUAGCGAGGAACACAUUGAUGAGCACAAGGAUUCUAGAAAUGCUCAUAAUAAACAUCGUGGAGCUGGAAAUCAAGCUGGGAGUAAUGUCCAGAAUAAUCGCAGGCAUGAACAAAUAGGUAACAAUCGUGAUCAACAAAAGUCCAAGUCAAAUGUCAAUUCUAGGGCUCCUGGUGCUGAGAAACGCAAUGGCCAGAAUCUGGCUUUUAAUCAGCGAAAUCAUUCCGGUAUGCUGCCGCCUCAAGGUGGAGGUACGCAGACGCAAAAUGGGCGUCCUAGAAGCCAGGGCUCUGCUAAUAGUGGACCGAUUAAUGAGAAAGGGAAUAAAGAGACCACCAUCAACCGUGUCGAUGAGAUCAAGCUCAGCGAUCCCAAUUUGGUGGACCAGGUCAUGAAGGACAUGAGUAAAAAAUCACAGAGUGUACAGAGUGCACAGAGUCGGGAUAAAAAGUCCGUCGAUUCUGAGGUUGAGGCUAAUAAUUAUUCAACUGGCGGCGAUGAUGGCACCAGUGCAGAAGACAAGGUCGACGCUGAUGGAUUCCAAGAGGUGCGCUCGAAAAAGAAUCUCAAGGACUCGAGGCUCAAGGAAGAGCCCAAGCCGCCUCGUCGGGAAAAAGACAAGGAACGCGAACGCGAUAGGUCUAAAUCCAAGUUAAAUGGUCCUCAGCCUCCUACACCCCAGCAAAUUCAAAACAUACCACCGCUGCUGGGUCAACCGAUUCCUCAGCCGGCAAAUAUGCCCAAGUCCUUUGACAGAAAUCCUAAUCGCAAUAAACUUGCGCCCAGAUUCCAGAAACAGAAGUUGGCUAAGCAACAGCAGCAGCACUUGAAUUCCGAUGGCAGUACUGAUUCGAAUAAGGUUAACGCUAAUUCUAAUUAUAUUAAAGACUCUUCUGGGAACGGAGGCAAUGCCGGAGGUAAUGCAGGAAGUGGUCCAGCUCCACCGCCGUCUGUAAACGCCUGGGAUAAACCGUUUACGAGUCAAUUGAGAUCAAACUCCCCGAACUCAAAUAUCCCGGCUGAUAUUCAAUUAAUGUCGGGGUUAACUGGCUCUGAUCAUUCGCACGAAGCUAACGAGCAGGCGGCCUCGGCAGGUAGCAGUCAGCGCAACUCUCCCAGUGGAGAAAAAAUAAUAAAACCUAGCAAAGAGUCUGCAGUUGACAAAAAUGUCUCAGACGCUUCGUCGCCGCCUGUUCAGACUUUGAUAUUUGAAAAUACUAAUUAUUCUAAGACGACUAAGACUGGUCCUGAAAUGGCGAUUAAAUCUAAAUUUUCAAAUCACAUGAAGCCAGCGCAGCGCGUUGACAAACGCGAUAUCGAUGAGGAUCCCAAUCUCCAGCAACAGCAGCAACCACUCUCAGUUGCGUUCUCCAACAAACCGGCUAAUGAGUUGAUCAAAGACAAGGCUCAGGACCCGAUUCAGAUGCCACUGUCCUUCAACAAGAGCGAAGACAGCGCUGAUAUGAAGCUUGAUUUUACCUUUGAUGCUGACUUGUCCCAAUUAACCGAGGAGAAGAGCAAAUCUCUGGGCAUGCCGAGGUCCAUGCACAUGACGGGUGCUCAGAGUACCAUUUCUCCUUCUACAGCUGAACUUAAUUUGAAAAUCGCAUCGGUUAAAAAGGUCUGGGAAAAUGCUUCGAUGCCGACUGUCGUCGAACACGAAGACGGAAACGUUGUGUCCACGGCUAACAGCUUUCCACAGAGCUUCGAGACCGCGGAUGUUGAUGACAGCUAUCCCCAUCCUCAGUACAGCCAGAACAACAUGAAAAAUGAAAUCACGACUUCUACUAAUGUAUGCAAGCUGGUUCCCCCGCAGGUGAAGCCGCAGCAGCAAUCCUCCGGGAGUGGCGGCGCGCAAACAGGCUCCACUGUACCUGGUCCCAGUCCCAUUGGCCCUGGUCAGAGUCCCAUCGGACAUCCACCAGCCAGUCUUCAAGGUCCUCUGAGUCCUCCUCCAUUCAAUUCUACUGGACAACCCUCUCAUAUCAAUUAUCAGGAAUUCCCACAGUAUCCAGGAUCACAGGCAGCGCAAUACGGUAGCAUGUCUGCUAUUCCAUCGCCCCCAGCAGUUCUAUUUAACACUGGCUCUGGUCAAUUGCCAGCCCAAGCCGGUGGUCUCUACGGUGCAUUCCAGUUGGAUCAGAGUCGUUCACCAUUCACUCAGUAUCCACCUUAUGGUCCCUCUCUGCAAAGUUCGUUCAAUCAGCAGAAUGUGUACUUACAGCAGCCGCCGCCCCCACCUCACGCUCCAAACGCAGCGACACCUGAUAUGUAUCAGAAUAAUUUGUCGCAAUAUCGAAUUCCCGCAGCUGCGGCCCCGCCGUUUGGACAAAAUCAACAAUUGAGCAAUAAUCCUAACACUGUUUUGAUAAGUUCGUCAUCCAAUUCCCUGAUGUCGGCUAGUGUCAAGCCUUCUUCUCAGUCUAUUGGUGCUAUUGGUACCAAGGCACCACAUUUCCAGGCACAAUCUGCUCAACCCAAUCAAUUGGCGUAUAUACCGUAUGAUCCAAAUCAAGUACUAGGAGUAAGUGGGAAUUACAUGGGAAAUUCGCAAUUAGUUCAGAGACCUGGUCCUAAUGUUCAACAGACAGCUAACAGUUACUAUAGCGCAACAUCUGCUGAUGUAUUUCCGGGAUCACAAACUGGAUUUUACCAACCUGGUGGUACACAGCAAACGGGAACACACUACGGUCUUCAGGGGUUUGGUCAACAUAGUCAGAGUUUAGCAACCGGUAAUGCAACUCCCGUAAAUCUACAGAGUUUUAGCUCUCAAUUUCUUUCUGGCUCGGGACUGCAAAUAGCCGCAGCUGCUGCUGCUCAACAGUAUCGUAAUCCCACUGGUGGAUUACAAGGCCCGGCAAAUGCAGCGGCAACUUUUCUUAGCAAACACCAACAACAAGAACAACCGAGGCAACUAAAAAGCCCGUCGGGAAAUCAACAAGAUGUUUUGGCAUCAGUUUUUAAUUCUACUCCACAAAUACCAUCACCGAAAUCAAGAAAUUGUAAACAAUCACAAUCUCAACAACCACAACCAAGUCCAACUCAGCAUCAUAAAUAUCAACCGUACCAGGGCGUCGGUCAGUCUGCUCUGGUAAGCAGCUACAAUAACUAUGUAAUCCAACAAAAUGUCCGUGGAAUGGGUAUGCCUCCACGUGCUGGUAUUCAGCCGUCUCAACAACGUUACCCCCCACCAAUUCAGCGACCAGUGGUACCAUUUCCACCAGGUCCCAAUCCCAAUAACCCCAAUCAGCAACAACAAAACUGUAUACCAGCUCAACAAAAUCAAGUAAACCGACACAGGCCAAACUUACACCAACAACAACAACGUAAUAUGAAAUUGCAGCAGCAAUAUUAUUCGGGGCAAGGUCAGUUUCGAAAUGGCAACAAAAUGGAUCCGAGCGACAAAGCAGACUCUCACAAUGACAAAAUAGUCGACGGCAAUGCCGGUGGCCAGGGUACUGGCAAUAAAUCAAAUGUAUCUCAACAAGACGGCGACGUUAAGGAAGAAGUUAACCAACAGAACGAGUAAAAUAUAAUCAAGAGAUAAAAAUAAAAAACUCUUACUAUUUAAAGUAUCAUUAGAUAACUCGAGGAUUACACUACACUUGAAUAUUAAAUUAUCAAAUGGCUAAAAAUAAUAAUUAAUACCUCACUGAGGAUUUAUUGAUAAUUAUGGGGAAAAAAAAAAAAAAAAAAAAAAAAAAAAAAAUUAAUAAUUAAUCAACACAAUUAUCGACACACAUAUAGUGGACACGUAUAUUUAAUCAAUUAUGGAUUGCACUGCUGAUAAGAACGUGCAAACACUAUCUUAUUAACUAUCGUAGUCGAUUAGUUCGAUGCAUCAUGGAUAAACAAAUAUUUAUAAAGAAAAAAAAAAUCUAUAAAAUAAAAUAAAAUACAUCAAAAAAAAAAAAAAAAAAACCUUAAACAGCAGUUAUGAAGAUAAACAAAAAAUAAAGAAGCCAGACCGCAGGACGUGUAUGCAUACUUUGCCUUCGUAGCUUAGCGUGAAAAUUGCUCUACCCAUUGUUCUUACUCAGAAAAAUAAACAAAUACUUUACCGAGAGUGCUUAACAGCAACAACUUUAACAACAAGAAUAAUAAAGAAUUUUAUUUAAUCGUUGGAGAUUCCUACGAUUAUUUUUUCUUUGUGAAUUUUUCCGGACUUUAUACACAUAUAUUAAUUAAUAUUAUUAUACUUGAUACAUGAUAUAAAAAAAAAAAAAAAAAAAAGCUGAAACCACCAACGUGAUCUUUCAUACGGAAUCAGAUGUCUUGACUCUUACGGCACUUGUGAAGAUGAACCCUGCGUUAAUAGUCAAAGCUUGUGUUUUGUAUGAAUAUAAAGUUAUGAAAAAAAAAAAAAUAAAUAAAAAAAAAAAAUGGACUGUCUCGUUGAGCGGGCAAGUGAAUUUUAAAAAGAGUGUUUUGGAUUGUAAAAUGUAUGACGACUGACUUAACAAAGGCUGAUACUGAGUUGUGCGGUGGUUUAAUUAAAAUUCCAUCGUCUCUUGGUAGUCCGUCUUUUCCGUGGAGGAAUCACAUUUUAUACAACAACUAAUAAAUUGAAAUAUUUAAAUAAAAAAUCCGCUUAUGCAACGUGAGGGAUUUAGUGCAUUUGUUUUAAUUAUAACUAUUAAUUAAUAUUAUUAUUAUUAUUAUUAUUGAUUAAAUGUAUUGCACCGUACUUCCUCACAAUUGAGCAAUCGUUUAAGUAACAUGUGCUACCGUAUAAAAAAAAAAUAAAAUAAUCCACGAAUAAGUCAGGAGACAAUAUUGUAUAUUUUCCUGCUUUACAUUGCAGAGCAUUGAUUAUAAAUAUUGAUUGAUGCUGAUUAAAUAAAUUUAAAAAAUAAAUAACACAAGAAUUAAUUAAUUUAUAAAGGCUAGUAUUUACAAAAAAAAAAAUAAAACUGUUGCUAGUUUUUAUUAAAAGCGUUCUGCGGUCCAUUCGUGUUUAUAUUAUUAAUAAAUAAAUUAAUUAAAUCAUUGACGUGAAAAUAUAUUAUUUUAUCUCUCUUAGAUCUCAAGCAAGCGGCCAGGGAACUAAGGAACGAACAUUGAUAUAUAAAUUCAUUUAAUCUACUGCCAGUCGUACGUCGACAUUAAAUUAAACCAUUAUUAUUAACAACAAAUAAAUUUUUUUCACGUCUAUAAUUUGGGUCGGGUCGCGAUAAAAUAUGUCGCUGUGUCUAGUGGUUGAUACUAAUCGAGAAAUGUCUAAUGAGGUGUAAUUAUUAAUUUUUAAAAAAUAAUUAAUGAAUAUAUAAAGAAUUAUUAUUAAGCAAUGGCGUUUGAAAUUAUAUAACAGGUAUAGGUCGCCUAAGAUUUAGAUGAGUGGUAAAUAAUUAUAAAUAUUAAUAAUAAUAAUAAUAAUAAUAAUAAUAAAUGUGUAAUUAAUAAUUAAAGUCUCUGUCACACUGUCCUUUUCUGCAAUUACACGAUAAAGUGCAACGGUAAUUAAACUAAAAAGAGUAAUAAAUACUAUACGCGAAUUUAUGUAAAUUGAUAAUUAAAAAUAUUUUUUUUUUUUGUGUACCUAGUUAAAAGUUAAAUUUUAAAUAAUGAAACAUAUGUGGUACAAUAAAUAAUUAAAAAAUAAUAAAAUGAAUUAUUUAAAAGCGGAUAAUGAAGGUACGAGUGCCUUCAAAAAUGUGCUGCCGCACAAAUAAAGCAAAGCCACUUAUUACCGGCGUGUUUUUUUUUUUAUUUUAAAUUUACAAUAAAUUUAGGGAAUGAAUUUAUUAUUCGCGAAUUAGUUAAAAUAAUAAUAAUAAUUAUAAUAAUAAUGAUAAUUAUAAUUACAAUUACAAUAUUAAAAGUAAUAACAACUUUACACCUCCUUUUUCACUUACAUUGAUUACUUUUACACUAUCCGUUUAUUAAUUUUAUUACUAUUAAAAUUAUAUUGAUAAUUAUAAUUAUAAUUAAUAAAAUAAAGAAGGAAUAAAUUAAGAGGGGACUAUUAAUAACAUGUACCUCGGGAUAUUUGUUUGUUUUGAAUGCGAGCGAGCAAGAGUUGUAUGAAAAAAAAAAUUUAAUUUGUUUUUUUGUAAUUUUUUUUUUUUUUUAAGUCUUAGGUAAUUUAUAUAAGAAUCGAUAAAAAUAUAAACCGAUAAAAUGAAUAAUAAAGUCUGUUCAAUCACGUCUGCCGCUUGUAUGAAAUAAAUUUUAAAAAAUGUGUAUCGGACUUGGCUGUUGGCUUGAAGGUCUACUGAGUUUAAAUAAACGCAGUGCGUUUUUUUAAAAUAAUUACUUUUGCGGAUUAAUUAUUAAUUAUAUUAAAGAAAAAUAAUAAAUUAAAAGAAAUAUUAAUAUGACUGACAAUAUGCGUGUAGAUAUAUGUUUUAAUUUUUGACAGAAUUAAUUAUUAGUAUUUAGAUGGUGAAUAAAAUAAACUAAGUUGGUAUUAUUAAUUAAAUAAUUAAAGGUAAUUAAUUAAUUGGGAUAGAUCCUUCGAGCUGAUGCUGAGUCUGUGAAUUAAUCUGUAGUUGACCAGAAAA